UUUGUUUUUCUCCUUCGUCCCAAAACUCACAGAGAAACUCUCGUCCCUAAACUCCAACAGACAUACUCCAACAGAGAAACGUCACUCCACCUCGCCGCACCACUACCACCAUCACUGUCGCCGCAACCAGAUCUAUUUACUCUUUCUCAAGUUAAUUCCCUCUUAAGAUUGAAAUUGGGAAACUUCAGUGAGCUAAUUUGAGGUUCUAUUGAUGAAGAUGGUGGUUCAAUUGAUGGUAAAUUAGUUUGGUUUUCAUCUUCAUCAUUAGGCUUUCAGUUGAGAUACUUUAAUCUAUAGAGAAUUGAUUCAAGACAAAACUCAAAUUGGAAAUCAAAUUAGGGUUUCAGAAUUACUCAAUUCAAUCUAUGUUCAAAAUAGUUGCUCAAUUAACCUUGAUUCAUUUUGGCUGAUGAAGGUGACUGAUUGGUUAUGUUUUCUUUGUUUCGAUGUUGGAAUAGAAAUGCCCAUCUGAAGCCAUUCAGAUUUUUAACUUGCCUAAAGAUUUGGAUAAGUCUACAACUCAUCGUUACGGUCUCAACGUUUUCAAGCUGCACAGAGCAACAAGAGCUCCUGAAGCUCAUACAGGACAAGUUCAAAGAGGAGAUAAACCAGCAUAUCCAGGACUGCAAGAACACACUCGAUGAUCUGCAAGCGUAUCAGAUUGAGUUAAAAGAAAAUGCAGAGAAACAAAGGAGGAAAUUCCAAGAUAUUGUUGGUAGUGCCUACUAUGUUGCACCAGAAGUAUUGAAACGCAAAUCAGGGCCCGAGUCCGAUGUAUGGAGUGUCGGCGUAAUAACAUAUAUUCUGCUUUGCGGGAGGCGUCCAUUUUGGGAUAAGACCGAAGACGGCAUAUUCAAGGAGGAACUACGGAAGUAGGUUAGCUAGCUGGAUGUAAUAUGCUAACAAGUUUGACUGGAUCGGCUGAUAGUGGGUUGGCACAUCUCAUUCCUAAUUUGACUAGGUUAGCUAGGUGGAUGUAAAAUUCCAGCUACUUUUUUCCCCCCUUUCUGUCCAUUUUAGUUUCGUUUGUUGGAUACAAGUUAUGUUAUCUAUGCAUGAAUCUUUAGUGAUUGAACUAAGUGUUUUAAGAAACCAUUGAAUUUUGGAUGAUUGGCAUAAUUCCGGGAGUUUGGAAUCGUUUGUCGAAAA